AUGGAAUAACGGAAACGGUGUCUUUUGAAAAGUCUACAAGUCUACUGAGCAUAUUCACUGGAUACCAUGGGGCAGCAUUGAAGCCACACAUUUGCAAAUCCUUUUACAAGGAAUUAUUCCAACCAGAUAGAUAGAUAGAUUGAUGGAUAGAUAGAUAGAGAGGGAGGGAGAGGGAGAGAGAGAUUGGAGAGCUGGGGAUGUUGCUGUGGAUGUGUGCUGGACAGGAAUGUGUGGGUCACUGUGCACAGUUCCCCUCCUGCUAAACACAUAAAUAUAUUUCAAACUAGCAUUUCACAGUAAUGACCUUCUUCCUAUAUUCUAUAUUCUUCUAUAUUCACUAUAAAUUCCACUGAUGCUGAUAUAGUGUCUUUCUUUAUAUUUAAAAAUUUCUGGUCUCAAAUUUAACUCUGCCCAGCAGUUUAAAACGAUUUUAUGUACCCAUCUCUUGCUUUUAGUUCAUAUUUGACGAGUUAAUGAAUUGAUAUUGAGUUAACCUCUAGGAGAGCAGAGAAUUCUUUAUUAAUGUGGAGUAUCAUUUUAAUGAAGCCCUCUUCCUGUCAGUGCUGGCAUACGUGUUUGUAUUUGACAGACGUAAUAUGGAGAAAUGAUUAAUAAAACUGUUAAACCCACAGCAAAGAAGAAAAAAAAACAGUUUAAAUGUCAGCUCAAUAUUUCAGCCGCUGGUAUCACUAAAAUUCAAACCUUUAUAUUUAUUUUUACCUAAUAAAUUUUAAUAAUGUAUGUUUAUUGUAAUCUGGCAGCCACAAGAGAUAUUUUCUUCUUAUUGAACUUGUGAAAGAAAACAUUUGCACAGUUGUGUCAAAUGAAAAGCGCUGUGGAGCGUGUGAGACGUACCUUGUCGCUUCUGGUGUAACACAGGCAAAUGUGCAGACCUGAGGUACCUGAUCUCUGUCCACUGUCGUUUAAGAUUUUUAAACAGUUGUAGUAAACAUUAUUGGAGAUGUAUUUCUCGCUGAUUUUUAUCCUGCAAGCUUCAUAUCUGAUUGCCAUCAUUGCCUGCCCACAUGAGGGUAAAAACGCCAGAUCCAGAGAAAAUCCAUGAAAACAGUAUGGCUGUCUGCCGGAUGUUUCCGUCCUCACAAUGACCUCAUGUGGAUGUAUGGCAUAACCAUUGGCUGGAUAGCAAUGUCAGUAUUUAUUUGAAUAUUGGUGGAUCAAAUGCUUAACAGGUAUUUGAAUGUCUGUGCACAUCCCUAGCUUCCAUGGAAAGUGCUCAUGUGGUCAAAUGGUGGUUUAUUUGGUUCUGUUGCUAUCCAUCUCACCACCAGCAGAUGGCACUAAAAUUACUAACAGCUCCUUUAAACCCAAUAGCUGGACAGAAUGAGUAUUUUUUUUAAAAUUGUGUUUAUUUACUGAAUUGUGCAUUGUAAAAUUUGGAUUUAUUAUAUGCUAACAGUAUGUCUUUUCUCCUGACUAAUCAAUCAAUGCAUCAGUGCACCACUCAGUCCUGGCCAAAUCCUUUUAUAUUUUGUGUAAUAUAACACGUGGUAAAGAUUGCAUGUGUCAGCACUAACCUUAGCCAGACUUGCUUCUAUUCAGUGUUGGUCCUGGCAGUAAAUAUGCUCAGUAUUUCAAACGGGCAGGUGUAUAUUUCGCUUGUUUCCAACCGCUCUAGUCUUCCAUCCACCUCAGAUGUGAAUAUCACACAUCAGUUUGCAUCUGAGAGUACACCCCACUGCAAAUUUAGUGACGGUAAAGUGAGAACCUUCUACCAAAUUUAACUCUCAAGUGACGGAGGCAGAUUUGAAGAAGACAGUGCGUGCAAGUGCAUCACUUUUUAGUUUUAGCGUAGUACCAUAAUCUUGAAUGAGAGGGUGCUUGCCGUUGAUUUGUGGUUUUUGUAUGGCCAGGCACCUCUAUGCUCUGCCAGAAUGGCCUUACGAUGACUUACUGGUCUGAGCGUUUUAUUUUCUUUCCCCUCCUCUGCACUGAGUGUCAUUGCGGCAGCAGCAGCUGGCCCCAGCAAGCCGCGCUGCAGAUGCUGCCUGCUCCUCCCCUCCCCGAGCAGCGCAGCGCAACCAUGGCCUAAGUACAUGCUUCUUCUUCUAACACGCCCUCACUCAUUGCCUAUUUUCCCUCAUUUUGUUCAGUUCCCAUCUGUAAAGGUCCCCACAGUCAUUCACUCACGGUCAUCUCCUGCCACGUCCGCAACAGUCAAGCCGUUAUGAGUCCGUUACAUCUCCGUACAUCUCUGUGCAUGUUUGUUACGGCAAUGUUUUGCAUCCAUUGCUCACUUUUGUGCCAUGCAGUGUGAUGUCACUGUCUUGUGUCCAUGCCGUGCAUCUACGUGUAGUCUUUUCUUAGCUGUUUCUUAGUGUCUGUGACCUGCUUGCUUCUGUCAUGAUUGUAGUGAAUGUUUACUUGUGCCGUCAGUGGCUUUCUCUUCUGUCUGAGAUUUUCCUUCAUGUGAAACACCAAGUUUGUGUCUGUCUCUGUAACUGUACUGUGUGUGUAUAUAUGUUUAAUACAUUGAACUGGACAAGGAAUAAGAUAAAGCUUUACCCAAUAUCUGUAGUUUUUUUCCUGGUGUCAGUAAAAUGUCAAAAACACUUGUCUUUAUACAUCAUACUCCAAUAUUUUUUGUGAUCAAGUGUACAUUUGUGGCAUCAUCUGUCUAUUCAGCUUGUCUACCAAGAAAUUGGUAACUGUAACUGGCUCACAUAUCUUUUGUUUGGUAUCCCUUUGUUUGACCUCUUUUUGCAUUUGAGCAUUUUAUUGUCCAGAUCAUUGUCACCUUGUGGCUUUUUCUUCUGUUUGUCACAUCUUUUGUGAGCAUCCUGAAACUGGAGUCAACUGACUUGAGUUUCAUCUUUUUAGGGUCCGUGUCCUCUUCUCCUGGUUGGAGGCGCUCCUCAGUCACCCCCCGCGUCACCAGCUUCCCAUGCCCAGGUUGCCAGCGUGACAUAGAGCUGGGCGAGCGGGGUAUCAGCAUGCUCUUCCGCAACUUCACGCUGGAGAGCAUCGUGGAGCGCUACAGGCAGGCGGCCCGUGCCGCUGUCGCUAUCAUGUGCAACUUGUGCAAGCCACCUGCUGUGCAGGAGGCCACCAAGAGCUGCAUGGACUGCAAGGCCAGCUACUGCAAUGAGUGCUUCAAGCUGCACCACCCAUGGGGGACACCCAGGGCCCAACACGAGUACGUCGGGCCUACUACUAACUUCAGACCAAAGGUGUUGAUGUGUCCUGAGCAUGAGAUGGAGAAAGUUAACAUGUAUUGCGAGGUGUGUCGCAGGCCGGUGUGUCACCUCUGCAAACUCGGUGGUUCUCAUGCUAACCAUAAAGUCACGUCCAUGAGCAGUGCCUACAAGGUCCUCAAGGAGAAGCUAUCAAAAAGUAUCCAUUACUUAAUUAGCAAAGAGGAACAAGUGAGGACUCAGAUUUCUGAACUGGACGUCUUGAUUCAGCAAACUGAGGAAAAUGGACAGCUUGCAGAGAGACAGGCGCAUGAGCACUUUGAGCGUCUAUUUGAGACUCUGCAAGAAAGGAAGAGUGAAUUGUUGCGGUCCAUUGAGUUGUCCAGGAACCGACGUCUGGACAAGCUCAGGAGCCAGGUGGACGAGUACCAGGGCAUGCUGGAGAACAGCGGUUUAGUGGGUUAUGCACAGGAAGUUCUCAAAGAGACUGACCAGUCCUGCUUCGUUCAGACAGCUAAGCAGCUCCACAUCAGGAUUCAGAAAGCCACGGAGUCACUGAAGACCUUUCAGCCUGCUGCUAACCCCUCAUUUGAUGAGUUUGUCCUGGACACCUCAAAGGAAGAGUCCUUGCUGAAAGAUCUUUCUUUUGGUGGAGUUCCUGUUCCACCCAUGAUCGACUUGUCUCAUAGUCGUGUGUAUAAUGAGGGCCUGAUCCACUGGAGGCUGCCCGAGGACUCUCUUCCUACUGACCACCAUGUCCUCGAGUAUAGAAAAGUGCCUGCAAAGGAUGAGGAGAGCCAGUGGCACCUGACCGAGCAAGUGUACGGCUCCAGCACAGUGGUGUGUGAUUUGGAUAGUGAUUGCCGCUACGCAUUCAGGGUGCGGAGCUGCCGCAAUACCAUUCAUAGCCCCUACAGCCCCGAGGUGUCCUUUCACACACCUCCUGCACCAGUGUUCGGCUUCUUGUUCAAUGAGAAAUGCGGCUACAGCACAGAGCGUCUGAGGUUGAGCAAGAGGAAGGACUCUGUAGACAGCAUGGCUGGCAUGACCUUCUUGUUGGCUGCUGAUCGGGUUCAGACUGGAAGUUACAUAUGCCUUGAUUACAUCAUCGGUGACACAGGAAUCUCUCAUGGCCGCCAUUACUGGGCUUUCCAUGUGGAACCAAGUUCUUACAUGGUGAAAGUAGGCGUGGUAUCAGACUCGAAGAUGAGUGAAUGGUUCCACACCCCCCGUGACACCAGCAGCCCACGGUACGACCAUGACAGCGGGCAUGACAGUGGCAGCGAGGACACAUGCUAUGAGCUCUCUCAGCCUUUCACUCUGCUCACAGUAGGCAUGGGCAAGCUCUUCAUUCCCAAAGCGUCCCACAAUGCAGCCGUUGGAGACCAUGGCAGCCGUGUUAUGCCUCUGCCUCAGCGGAUCGGCAUCUGCCUCGACUACGAGGCCGGCCGCGUCUUCUUCUAUGACGCCGACUCGAUGCGAUGCUUCUACGAGCGUCAGGUGGACUGUUCUGGAACCAUGUACCCUGCGUUUGGCCUCAUGGGGGGCGGAGCCAUCCACCUGGAGGAGUUCAUCACAGCCAAGCGCCUCUCUUACAUGUGAAUGUGUCCAAGUCGGUCUGCUGAUCACUAACUAUCCUAUUCCAUUAGCUUAUUUUGUCCCUUGCUUCUCAUAAGUCAUGAUAUGUAGCUAUUUGUUUAAAAACACUAUUUCGGUGCACUAGAGCUUCAGAGCCACAAGUAAUCUGAAAAACCCUUGAUACAGUGCCUUUUAGAAGACCAACUAGGCAGGUGUUUAGAUUAUAAUGUCUGCACUUAAACACAUCAGGGUUUAACACCAGUCACAGAAAUGCAAAAGAACACACUACACCUUAAUAUAAUGCAAAGUUUUACAGAUGUCACCUAUUUGCUGUACACAUGAGCAAUUUAAUGAUGUUGGAGAUGAGUAUGUUAAUCAACACUAUCUAAUACCUGUGCACUAAUAAUAACCGACUUUGUACACUGUUCUGAUUGUAGAAAUGCUGCUUGAGCUGGCUUUGUUUCCUUUAAGAGGUUUUGUUUAAGAUUAAUAACAAUAAUGAUCUAAUAAAUAACUUGCAGUGAAACUAAAUCUAUCCCAAACAGUCUAUCUUAAAAACACCAUGAAAGCAUUUGCUUGCAGUGGACUGUGAUGUAUACAUGUAAUGACACCUCGUAGUGGUUGGUAUAUAAUUGAAUGCAGCAUCGAAUAGCUUUUGCAUUUUGAAUGUAUUUUUUUUUUUUUUCAUGGAAAAAAUGCAAAGUAGCAUUUGAAGCACAGUUGUGCUGCUAGGUUUUAACCAGGGUAUGAGUACUAACACUGAUUCAAAAGGUGAUUGGGUUAAUAUGCACCAUCACAGCCAGUCCAAAAAUGACUGAGAAAAACUGACAUGGCCUUAGUGAAUAAUGAUGACAGAUAACUGGCUUUAAAGGGAUUUAAAUGGAGUAGCAAUUGGUGGAUGAAAUGGCAUUGCCAUGUAAUUCCUCAGGUACUCACCCUAUGGGCUUUCUAAUACCUACCUCUUAGUCCUCAAAUAAUAAUUGGCACUGGUUUUAUGCUUGGAUGAAUUUGAGGUGGUGGUAUAGCAUGUGCCUAUUCACUAAACCUCAAAGGGUUUGUUUGCUUCUUAAGCUGGAACCCUCUGAGUUUACCAAAUCAAAGCAUUUUUAUUCUUACAUUUUAAGGCUUUUUAACUUGCUGGAACCUCUUAGAUUUUUUUGCAAAUUGAUUUUUUUUAAAGAUGCUUUCAAAUUUCAAUGCUUUUCUAUCCUUUCCUACUUGAUGGUUUACUUGUUUGUUCUUAUUUUAUUGUAGCAUUAUCCUUUAUGAAAAGAAUGUUUGUUUUAAAGAAAGCAUCAUCACAUAUGGCCACAAGGUUUUUUUUUUUUUUGUUUUUGUUUUUUUUCCUUCAGUCUCUUCAAUAAUAUGUAAUAUAUUUUACAUGUUGUGUCCUGAGGAUUUGUCCGUUUGUUUGUGAUUAUUAAAACUAAUAAUGUGAACGAUGGUAUUGUCACAUAAGGAAAUAGUGAAAUCAUGGGAUGCUCUUCCAGUAGUUACUUUUUUGUAAACACUAAUCAUUGUUUUUCAAAUUUCUUUCCACAGUGGAUUCAAGGGAGAAUCUAUGCACAUUUUAGUUUCUGACUUGUGUUUUUGCAAAGUUACAAAGUUUGAGUCACAGAGUGUAAUAAUAGUAACCAACAAGUAACAUGUUUUAUUUUUCCUCUUGUACACGUUAAGCUGUUCGGUCUUUAGGGCAGGGUGCUGUUUUCACUAAUCACUUUUGACGUAGACUUAGUGGUAGAGUAUCAAGAUACUGUGAGCUGUACUUACUUAUUAAACAGGACAUGAUGUGUUUUAGUGGUCAUUUUAAUUCAUCUUUGAGAUAGCACUUUAUAGCAUGUUAAGUCUCAUGGCUUGGUGCAGGUGUAUGUGAAGUAGCGUGCAAUAUAAUUUCCCCCCACAGGAUGUACUAUAAUCUUCAAAUGAGCUGCAGUGUGACGUUUGCUUUUUGUGAUUUUGAGGCUUUAAUGAAAAUGAAAAGCUGUCUGUCACUUGUAUCUAUAUUGUUUUUUUUUUUAAUUUACCAUGUGGGGUUUUGAUAUGAAAUAAAAGUGGUGAAAUCUGGA